GAGGAAGUGGGGAAGAGAGCCUGCUGCACUGCCUGCUGAGGAGACGAUGUCCUCCCAUCAAUCCUGACUGUUUACCCUGGAGACCUGCUCAGAAGGGUGGCCGACAAGGAGCUUCCUGGCUGAGAGGGAACACCAGAACCAUCAAGGAUGCCAAAGUUCCUGGGGGACACAGAAAGCUGCCGCACAACCGGAUGUGACGUCACUCCCGCACUGCUACUUCCGGACUCGACGUCAGGUGCAUGGCGCUUCUCAGCUCUUCGCCGCUCCAUGAUGGACCUAGAAGGGGAGAAAUGGGUGCGCUGCCUCCUCUUACACUGAGAAGAGCGCAGCAAAGGUAAGGCAGCAAGAAGGCUCACAGUCUCCGCCACAGUGCAGGAAAAGGUCCUGGGCGCAUCCGCAACUCCUACCGCUCCAGGCCACGCCGGCAUCAAAGAAGCAAGGUCAGACAGACAGGCCUCCAACCAGGUGGACGUUCCCUCAUUCUCGGCACGUCUCCGGAGCACAGAAAUGAGAUCCUCUAUCAGGAACUCUUCACCAUGUGGCUCCUCCUGGUUGUUCUCUUGGGUCUGAUUUUCCUAUACAGACGAUAUAGACAUGGUCUGAUUCUGGAGAAUCUCACAGACAAAUAUGUCUUCAUCACUGGAUGUGAUACAGGAUUUGGAAAUCUGUUGGCAAAAAAGCUGGACAAACGUGGAAUGAGAGUACUGGCAGCUUGUCUGACAGAUCAAGGGGCAAAGGAGCUUAAAAAGGAGACAUCAACCAGAUUGCAGACAAUACUACUAGAUGUCACCAACAGCCAGAAUGUCAGCUCUGCUGCAGAUUGGGUCAGUGAUAUUGUUCGUGAUAAAGGACUCUGGGGCCUGGUGAAUAAUGCUGGGAUUGCCAUCCCCAUUGCAGUGAAUGAAUGGCUGACUAAAGAUGACUUUGCCAAAGUUUUAAAUGUGAAUCUUCUAGGACUUAUUGACGUUACACUCAAAAUGUUGCCCAUGAUUCGAAGAGCUCAUGGUCGCAUUGUCAACGUUGCAAGCAUUGCUGGGAGAGUAACUAUCUGUAGCGGAGGAUAUUGUUUAUCAAAAUAUGGGGUGGAAUCCUUCUCAGACAGUCUUCGACAUGAACUCCACAAAUUUGGUGUGAAAGUCUGUAUCAUAGAACCUGGCUACUUCAAAACAUUAAUAACUAACCAAGAAUCAUUUGUAGGAAAACUACGUGAGAUCUGGGAGAGGUCCUCAGAAGAAAUUCGUACUGCUUAUGGCCAGCAAUACUUUGAAAGAUAUUGCAACAGCUUUGUUGAAAGCCUAAAUAAUAUUAACACGAAGAUUCAUCUGGUGACGGACUGUAUGGAACAUGCCCUGACUGCUGUCAACCCACAUACACGCUAUUCUGCUGGCUUGGAUGCCAAACUCUUCUUCAUACCUCUUUCCUACUGCCCUUCCGCAUUAGCAGAUUUUUUCUUAUCGCAAAAAUAAACUUUAAGACCAGCUCAGACUGGUACUAAAGUAAAUAGAGAUUGUGCCAUGUUGUAAAAGCACUACGUAAUUGUAUUAAAUUCACACUGCUAUAAUUCCAGUCCAUGUUAGAUGAGGUAGAU